AUGGAAAGUUGGAUAGUUAGAAAGAAGAGAACUAUCACGAGAAGGACGCCUAAGUCCUUCUUCAACAAGCUCCCGACAGAGCUUCAAUCAAAUAUAUUUUCUAAAUUAUCUUUAGAGGAACAAUCAAAUUCCAUGUGUGUCUCACAUCAAUGGCGAAAUAUAAUAUUGAAUACAACUUUACCAAAGGAGGGUCCAUUGCUACCAUUUGUGGUUGCUCACAAUUUCCUACCAAAUCCAUGUAGGGAAUUGCAAAAUAUAUUUCGUUGGUGUUCAUUAGUUAUGCAUUGCGAAACAAGACCCAAAAAACUAUUAGACACAUGCAAUGGGUUAUACUUGUUUUGUCACAACAAUGGUAGGGCUCCAAACAUCAUUCAUGAUGUGUAUUAUUAUUAUGUCAUAAAUCCUAAAACCAAACAAUGUGUGGCUGUUCCAAAGUCUAUAGGUCAAAAGUCGGGAAGUUAUUCCUAUGCUGUUCUGGCGUAUGACCCUAAAGAAUCCAGAUUCUUUAAGAUCGUGCGUUUUCAAGGUCAUCGUCAUAUCAACAUUUUCUCUUCUAUGACAGGUCUCUGGACUACUUUGACUAUUAAUUUACCUCAACAUAUUAAUAAGUCCAAAUGGCUCCAAAAAUCAAUUUAUAUAAAAGGAUCAAUUUACCGACUCUCUAGAUCUGGACAUCUAGUUAGAAUUAAAGUUGAUCUGCAAGAGGAUGUUUCAAAACAAACUGAGAUAAUACCACUACAUUCUGAUUGUCAUUUGGAUGGUUGUGGAUGGGAGAUAAGUUCCAAAGACGACAAACUCAUGUUAGUCUUAAGUAGGGGGCUGAAUUUUUGGCUUUUUGAACUCAUAGAAUGUGUUACAAGAAAUUCAACCUCUUACACAUGGGACAUGAUUUUUCACAUAGAGAAUGAAGAGUUCUUGCCUCUUAAUACCUAUGGUGAAUUGUUAUCCUAUCAUCCUUACCAUGAUUUGGUAUUUUUCAAGCGUGGAUAUCACGUCUAUUUUUACUUAGAUGAGUUCACUGGAAACUACUACACAAAUUUUGGGAUUGUGGAAUACAACAAAACUGUUUAUGAUUACGUAAGAAAUUGUGGACAACCUUUGCUUGAUUGCUCUGUCCCUUUUGCUUGCAUUUUGGAUAAGAAGGAUCCAGGAGAUUUUCUUCGACUCCCAGUUCCACACUGA